AUGAAGUCUGAGUUUCCUACAAAAAUGUUCCAGGAACCCAAUUCUCACCUGAGAAGAAAGUACUGUGGUGCUAAUUUGAAUAGCUGUAUUAUGGACUUUGAAGCACCUGAUGACAUGGUAGAAGGGUAUCUUCACCACCUCUUCUUCGGCCUUCCUGCUCUCCUAAAACAACAGUUUGGACCAGACUCCAAAGAUCCAAAUUCCCUCAGUACCAGCCUGGCACCUGCCUGUACAAUAGCCUCCAUCUUAGAGCUUACCUGCAUUUAUUUGACCUUCAUCCUGCACGAUGAUGAGGUGAUUCAGGUCAGGGGAAAUAAGCUGAAUGCCCUCAUUAAAUCACCUAGUGUAAAUGUUGACCUUUUCUGUUUGAGCUUGUCUGAGAAGUCGCUAGCGAAUAUCAACAUCAGGAUCUUCAUAUGGAAUGUUGGGACUAGUGGGUCUGCCUUGGUAGCUGGUGCUGCCCCAGCAGGAGGUCCUGUUCCCUCCAUCACUGCUGCCCCAGCUCAGAAGGAAGUGGAAGCAAAGAAAGAAGAAUCUGAGAAAUCUGAUGAUGACAUGGGCUUUGGUAUUUUUACCACACUUCUUCUGUGA